CAUGUGGGUCCUACAUAUGUGUCGUCCCGUGAGGCCGACACUUAAGUGGCGCACGCGCCUACUUUCCCACCCUUACCCCUUCGCAAGACACCGCCUUCGGUGUGUGUGCGCGUGAGAGAGAGAGAGAGAGAGAGAGAGAGAGGAAGCGGCGAUAAGGAAGGGAUCCGGGGGGGGUUCUUGGAGGGACGAUUCCUUUCUUGGGACCGACUCGAAGGUUCGGGUUUGCUGCGUGGAGUUGUGCGUUUCUUGGGGGCUCUUGCAUCUCGAUUCAAGACACUCGAGCCAUAUAAUCCUUUGAGACUGAGCACGUGAAACCUUUUGUGGCUCGUGGAUACAUUAAAUCCUUGGCAAGCCCCUUGUAUGUGCAACAGCUCUGUUCUGCAUACGUAUCUACUUAAAGUCAGCCCAGAUGUCGUUUCGUAGGAUAGUUCGUGAUGUAAGGGAUAGCUUUGGUAGUUUGUCAAGGCGAAGUUUUGAAGUGAGACUUUCAGGAGUUCUGGGUCAUCAUAAAGGAAAAUCUUAUAGUUCUGAGAAUGAGCCACAUGAUUUCUCUCAAAUUACCCAACAGAGCCACUGGGCUACCCUUCCUCCUGAGCUACUUCGUGAUGUGAUUAGAAGGUUGGAGGAAAAUGAAGCGACGUGGCCAUCACGGAAGCAUGUUGUAGAUUGUGCUGGUGUGUGCAGGGCAUGGAGGGAGAUGUGUAAAGAGAUUGUUAGAAGUCCAGAGUUUUGUGGGAAGCUUACUUUUCCGAUAUCACUAAAACAGCCUGGACCUCGAGAUGGGAUGAUCCAGUGUUUCAUUAAAAGGGACAAGUCAAAAUUAACUUAUCAUCUUUAUCUGUGUCUUAGUCCUGCUGUGCUUGUUGAGAAUGGGAAGUUCCUCCUAUCAGCUAAAAGGAACCCAAGGACAACCUGUACAGAAUAUGUCAUUUCAACGGAUGCUGGUAACAUAUCAAGGUCAAGCAGCACCUACGUCGGAAAGUUGAGGUCAAAUUUUAUUGGCACCAAGUUCAGGAUCUAUGACACCCAGCCUCCAUACAAUGGGGCUGCUCUGUGUCCUCCGGGACGAACAAGCAGCAGGUUUUACUCCAAGAAAGUCUCUCCCAAGGUCCCGUCAGGCAGCUACCCCAUAGCUCAGGUAACUUACGAACUGAAUGUCCUAGGCACACGAGGACCACGCCGAAUGCACUGCAUCAUGCACUCUGUUCCCGCAUCAGCCCUAGAGCCUGGCGGCGUCGUCCCUGGCCAACCUGACAACCUAGUUGCAUGCUCCUUGGAGGAUUCCUUCCGCAGCAUGUCAUCCCUUUCCUCCGUCAUGGACCGAUCUUUAGAUUUCAGCAGCUCUCGCUUCUCUGCCACUUCCGCCGGCGGAGCUCAAGAGGGGUUUGAGGCUACUACCGAUACGAAGGAGAGACCGUUGGUGCUGCGGAACAAACCCCCCAGGUGGCAUGAGCAGCUGCAGUGCUGGUGUCUUAACUUCCGGGGCCGGGUGACCAUCGCCUCCGUGAAGAACUUCCAGCUCAUAGCUGCAACACAGCCUGCUGCGGUUGGCCCCCCGACGACGACGACGGCUCAGCCGUCUGGAUCAGGUCAUGAUAAGAUUAUACUGCAGUUUGGCAAGGUGGCAAAGGAUACGUUCACCAUGGACUACCGGUACCCACUUUCAGCCUUCCAGGCUUUUGCCAUCUGCCUAAGUAGCUUUGACACCAAGUUGGCUUGUGAAUAGAACGAGAAUCGAUGGUAUAAAAUGAGAGGCAACAACACGCUACUCUGCAUGUCACCUUGUGUUGUAAUUCUUGUUGGUUAUUGUACGAUUACGAGUUCUCGAUUCCUACGAGCUGCUUCGGGUGUUGAAGGCCUA